AUGGCAUUUAGCCUCAAAGGCAAAAUUCCAGUUGGUCCCGUAGUGGAGAUGGCAGGAGAUGAAAUGGCCAAUGUCAUAUGGAAGAAGGUCAAGGAUGUGAUUAUCGAACCAUAUCUGGAUAUAAAACUUAAGUACUUCGAUUUGUCAAAGCAGAGCCGAAUAGAGACGGAUAACAAAAUAAUUUAUGAAGCAGCCAAAGCAAUAGAACAAUGCAAUGUAGGAGUCAAGUGCCCAACUACUAUAUUGGGUGAUUUAAUGCCCAGUACUGUGCUUAGGAAAUUCUUUGAUGGAACUUUAUUUCGUGAACCUCUAAUUACCAAUCUAGUCCCGCCGCUAAUUAGUGGCUGGAAAAAACCAAUAAUUGUCGCUCGUCACGCGUCUUCAGAUGACUACAAAAGGAAACAUGUUAGAAUUAAGGGCCCUGGGGAAUUUAAUCUAAAGUACAGCGGGAUGGAUGAUGUAUUUGUAAAUGAAUUUGCACAGGGAGAAGAGGCCAUAUGUUACGGAGAAUUCAUCAGAUUGGAUAGCAUUGAAGCAUUUGCAGAAAGCUGUUUUAAGUACUCGCUCAACCACAAAUUACCUCUAUAUAUUUCUGAAAAUAUGUGGUCUGGUACUUAUUAUGAAGGUAUGUUUCGCUGUAUCUUUGAGAGGAAAUACCAGGUGUAUAAGGAUUUGUUUAAGCAACAUGGCAUCUGGUUCGAUUACCACACGAUUGAUGAUAUGGUUAUAUUGGCUCUAAAAUCACAAGGUGGGUUUGUUUGGGCCUGCAAGAAUCACGACGGAAACCUAAUGGGUCAUCUAGUUUCAACAGGAUAUGGGUCAAUAGGUUUGACACUUAAUGUACUAUCGUGUAAGGACCAAAAGACAAUCAUCACCGAACCGGCCCAUGGCACCAUUUCCUCUCACUUUAAAAGAUACAUUAAAAACGAAUAUACAUCAACAAAUGUAAUUGCUACUAUUUUUUCAUGGACCAGGGCACUUGAGCAUCGUGCUAAAUUGGAUAAAAAUGAUAGACUUGAGCAAUUCUGUUAUGCCGUGGAGGCAGCGUGUGUGGCAGCAGUUGAAUCUGGUAUUUUUUCCGAAGAUAUUGCCCAUUCUAUUAAUCUCGAAAAUAAAAAUAGUGUUAAGCCGUCCACUACUGAUGAAUUUAUAAAUGAAAUCGCCAAUCAGCUUAAAGUGAAGUUGGUGACGUACCAAACUCCACUGGUAUUUGAGAAAGCUGAUCAACCGUUACCUUCAGAUCACACAGAUUAUCUAGUUUAUUAA